CAGGGCAGCUUCUUUCUGCCUCUCAGGAAUUUGCAGGGCGCUGGCCUAUUGUGGCCAGGCCUGCCUUCUCACCACCAUCAUGUUUCUACUGCUGCCCUUUGACAGUUUGGUAGUUAACCUGCUGGGCAUUUCCCUGACGGUCCUCUUCACUCUGCUUUUGGUCUUCAUCAUCGUGCCAGCCAUCUUUGGAGUCUCCUUUGGCAUCCGCCGUCUCUACAUGAAAACUCUUCUACGGAUCUUCCAGUGGGCAACGUUAAGAAUUGAGCGGAGCGCCAAAGAGAAGAACCACCCUGUCUAUAAGCCCUGUGUCAACGGGAUCAUUGCCAAAGAGCCCACCUCGUUGGAAGAGGAGAUGAAGCAGAACCGGAGGAGCUCCAGCAACAAGACCCUGGACGCCCCUGAGUUUGAGCUCUCCGACAUCUUUUACUUCAGCCGCAAAGGUGUGGAGAGCAUUAUGGACGAUGAGGUGACCAAGCGUUUCUCGGCAGAAGAGCUGGAGUCCUGGAACUUGCUGAGCAGGACCAACUACAACUUCCACUACAUCAGUCUGCGCCUCACAGUACUCUGGGGGACGGGACUCCUGAUCCGCUACUGCUUCUUGCUGCCACUCAGGGUUGCCCUGGCUUUUACCGGUAUUGGCCUUUUGGUGACAGGCACUACCAUGGUGGGCUUCUUACCCAACGGAAGGCACAAGGAAUUCCUCAGCAGGCACGUGCACCUGAUGUGCUAUCGGAUCUGUAUAAGAGCUCUUACAGCUAUCAUCACCUAUCAUCACCGGGAAAACAGGCCCCGCAACGGAGGAAUCUGUGUGGCUAACCAUACCUCUCCAAUUGACGUCAUAAUUCUGGCCAGCGAUGGCUACUAUGCAAUGGUGGGCCAAAUCCACGGAGGGCUCAUGGGCGUCAUACAGAGGGCCAUGGUGAAGGCUUGCCCUCACGUCUGGUUUGAACGUUCGGAGGUCAAGGAUCGCCAUCUAGUGGCUAGACGGCUAUCAGAACAUGCUAAUGAUAAAAGUAAACUGCCCAUCCUUAUUUUCCCUGAAGGCACCUGUAUCAACAACACUUCCGUGAUGAUGUUUAAGAAAGGGAGUUUUGAGAUUGAUGCUAUAGUUUAUCCUGUCGCUAUCAAGUAUGACCCCCAAUUUGGAGAUGCCUUUUUUAACAGCAGCAAAUACGGCAUGGUGAACUAUCUGCUCAGGAUGAUGACUAGCUGGGCAAUUGUCUGCAGCGUCUGGUACCUGCCCCCAAUGACCAGAGAGCCUGCUGAAGAUGCAGUGCAGUUUGCCAACCGGGUGAAAUCUGCCAUUGCCAGGCAGGGAGGCCUGGUGGACCUCUUGUGGGACGGGGGCCUAAAGAGGGAAAAGGUGAAGGACACCUUCAAAGAAGAGCAGCAGAAGCUCUACAGCAAGAUGAUCGUGGGCAAUCACGAGGACCGAAGUCGCUCCUGAGCUCCCAGAGAUUGGGAGGGGG